AAUUGUAAGUGGGUGGAUAAAAACGGUGUCACAAUGACAAGGCGGGGAUACGUUCUAUCUCAUUGAUAAUUGGUUUGUGGGUUAUAGUUUAACGUAAUAUUUAUUUUGUGAUAAUGUGAUUUGUAGAUAUUGCUUGGGGGGCGUGGUUAAUGGCAAUUGACGUUUGAGAGAGGAAGUGUUGUUCUAGUGUUCGAUCUACGGGAGUUGCGAAAAGAGUGUUUCCCUUCAGUCAACAUACCACAUCCAGGUAGUUAUUUUUCAGUUGAUUUUUUUGAAGGAAAAAAGAAGACAAACAAAUUAAUACCAUGGUCACAGAAGGGGAGCCUACAGAUUUGGUGAAAGUGCUGCACCUGCUGGUGCUGUCCUUCGCAUGGGGAAUGCAGUUGUGGGUCUCCUUUAUAGCAGGUUUUACACUGGUGAAGCAGGUAACACUGCACACCUUUGGGCUGGUGCGAAGCAAGCUGUUCCCUGUCUAUUUCUAUUGCUUACUGGGCAGCAACUUUGUCAGCCUGGCUGUGUAUGCAGUCUACCACCCCAGAGAGCUGCUGGAUUGGCACGAAAGCCUGCAGAUGGCUCUGUACUUUGUGGCAGUCAUCAUGGCAGGUCUAAACGCACAGUGGUUUGGCCCAUCUGCCACAGAGGUCAUGUUCAAGCUGCGGGAGGUGGAGCAGGAGCAUGGCCUGGGGAACCAAAUAGGGAUAGGGAGCCAGAGGGAAGCCUACACCAAACUCAGGGAGCAGGAUCCCAAGUACAAGGCCUACAAGAGCACCUUUGGCCACUAUCAUGGCCUGUCCAUCCUAUGCAACCUGAUUGGCUUUAUCUGCACAACCACCAACAUAGUGUACACAGCUCUCAAUUUACACACCAUUUAGAGAUUGUGUAUAUGUGAGAGGAUGUAUGUAUCAAGUGUCUCAGAGUAGGAGUGCUGAUGUAGGAUUUUUUGCCUUUAAAGCACAAUAAAUAAUAUUACAUAGCUCUGGAAAAAAUCUGAAAAGAAGUGAUUGGUCAAAAGACCAAUUAGUGGGGGAAAAAAUAUCAGAAUUGGCUGCCUGUGUAAAUGCAGCUUUAGGCAUAUUACAUAUGGAUCUUAGUUCAGCGCUCCUAAUGAGACGCUUGAUGCAUACGGCCCUCAAACAUAACGCUUAACCAUAUUUUUUUAAAUGUGCCUUUUUAAUCUAAUUGUUUCACCUGUCAAUAGAAAACAGCACACAAUGUCAAAGGAUUUCUGGUCUUUCCCUUGUUAAACCGGGAAAGGAUGAAUGUAAUAAAGAUCGAUUUAUAAUUUUCAGAAGUACACCUAAAAAAAAAAAAGUGUUAAUGUUAGUGAUCCUCUUUCCCUACAGUUAUUGUUUAUUAUACAUUGAUGUACUUGAAGGGUAGAGCUGAAGUAGAAUGUGCAGUGAUCCUGAUAAUGUUUUAAAACGGAGGUUUAACACUCACACAGAACUUGAAGAUACAUUUUUUUUUUUUGAAAAGCACAAGCUUCCGGACUGUUAUGAAAUGAUGGGACAUUGUAUUGCUUAUGACUUCCACUAGAGGGUACUGUCUGCAGAACUUUUUUUUUACAAUCAUUAGGCAGAUAUUUUUUUACAAUAUAACAUUUAGCUCAGGGUUGUUGCACAGAAUUAUGUACUGUGAAUAAAUCACAAUUAUGGAAAUUCCUACAAAUAAUGAAUUCAAUAGCACCAAUAAUAUUGUUAAGUUAUUUUUGAUGUUGAAACAAGAAAAAAUAAAGUUCCGUUUGAGUUGUUACCCUUGAUGUAAUCAGGAAAUACACUCUCCUACAGUUUGAGUUGUUACCCUUGAUGGAAUCAGGAAAUACACUCUCCUACA